CAAAACACCCAGCUUGCCUCCAUCACCUGCCGACUGCAACCUCUGGUCACCACCCCCGCCAGGCAACGAGCAAGCGACCGCCUCGACACUCACCCUCGCCGAGGGCUUCGCGGGCCGUUUUUGGCAUCUUUGUUCUUCCUCUCGCCCUCUUUCCUCCCCUCCACCGACCGACUCCCCUUCAUGUCGCCUGACGACGCAUCGACAACGUCCUGACCCCCCUCCACCCACCACCCGCCGACCCAAACGGCACCAGCUCCUCGCACACGAUCUCGGCUCAUUUCCCUCUAGGGGAGGUGGGAAACGCCCGCCCGCACCUGUCCUAAAUAGUCAGCAAGGCUGGGUACGACAGCAGCAGCAGCAGCAGCAGCAGCAGCAGCAGUACAAGCAGCCUCUUCGCUUCAGGCUCCGUCACGAAACACAAAGGCGCCCCUGUCGCCGCACAGCCUGGUCGAGAUGCCUUUCCUAAUCGAAGACUCCUGGCUCAAUGGCCAGGCCAGUACCGGCGAGAUUGCCGAGCUCGAAGAUUGCGCCAUUGCCGUCGAUGCGUCUUAUUAUCUCAACCUCUUGCUCGACACUCCGCCCGCUCACGAACCAUUGCUGUCCGCCCUCGGUGGUCUGACCGGCAUCGAGGCUCACAUCAAUGAGAACCUGGACCUUUGGAGCAAGAAUCGCAUCACCCCCUUCUUCAUCUUCGACGGACAGUCCAUCACCGGCCAAGACCAAGUAUCGCUCGCCCGCCGGCGCAGUGCGAAUCAGAAGACCGACGAUGCGUGGGACUUGUACUCACAAUCCCAGGCUGAGCAGGCCGUGGCCACCUUUGGCGCCAACCCUGGCGCCUUUUGCGUUCGAAACCUAUAUCCCCUGCUUCAGAACAUUUUAAAGAAGCGCAGCUUGCACUUCCUAGUGCCUCCUUACAAUGCUUGCGCACAGCUUGCCUAUUUCGAGAUGAGUGAUUCCGACCAAUGUGCUGGCGUCAUGGGCCCCCAGGAGCUCCUCCUCUACCCCAUCAAGGACUCGGUCAUCCGCAGCUUUGACUGGGAGGCUAAGACGGUGAGCUUCGUGUCGAAGAAAAAGGUCAUGACGGGGCUCGGAGUGGGCGAACCCAUGUUCAUCGAUGGAAUGCUCAUGACGGGCACCUCGUUUCUCCCGCCAUUCCCCCCUCUGCUUGACACUUCCAUUUACCAAAACGCCUUCUCCAUCAUGGACGCUGUCAACAUGCUGCGCACCUCCGACAAAUCUGUCGCGACCGCUUGCGCCUCGUUCAACGAUAUCUUGCAGGCUCAAGACCCCGCCUGGCUUGACAAGUAUCGCAAGGCGCGCAUGGCCGUCCAGCACUUCAUUUACAUCGCGGAAAACGGCGAGGUUCGCGUCAAUGAUUUCGAGAAGCUCACCAAGGACAACCACGAGUAUCUCGGCCUGCAGCUGCCCGCCGAGCUCUUCCACUACCUCAACACGGGUCUCAUCGGCGCGCGGAAUCUGAACUGUAUAACGCACGGUCAGAUCCUGAUGCAGCCGACCCUCGAAGGCGGGGCUACCGAGGAGUACAAGAAGCUAGUGACGGACAAGAUCCUGCCCCUGAAGGAGCAAGCCCUCGGUCUCAUCAUUCCCCGUGUCCACCGGGGCAUCGGCCACAAGGACAUCACACUACGUGUCUGGUUCGACCCCAAGUUCGCCUACACGAUUAACCAUCGGGCACUGCAGCCCCCGCCGUCGCAGAAGGUGGGCUCGUGGGACGUCAAAGAGAGCGACCUCCGCAAGUUUUUCCCAGCCGAUUUCGCUGGGCCCAUUUACCUGGAGGUGCUGGCUCUGGCAAACUCGGACUUUGUGGAACUUACGCUGGCCAAGGAGAAGCUCAUCAAGGGCAUUGAUACAACGGAGAUGGUGACCUCGGUCGCCAUUUGGCGAUUUUUGCACCUGAGAGGCUAUGUCAACGACGAACACAAGCUGACGAAAUGGGGGAAUGCUCUGGCCACGACGCUGCUGGCGCUCAAGGAGGCAAACGAGAAUCGCCCCGAGGUGCCCGGCCUGGACGAAGCCGCUCUUCUCGCCUUCGAGCUCGUCCGUCUUGGCGUCCUCACUGCAAAGUACCGCGAAGACGUUGUCGGCAUGCCGCGAAAGGGUACUGAGGAGGAAAAGUCCAGCCUGGUUCUUGUCAGUCAGUGCGCCACGUUGCUGAAGCUGCGACAUCAGGUUUACGGCUACACGGGGCCUCUUAACAAGGGCCUCCUGGCGUUCCGGUCGCUUUCCACCACGGUUCGGGAGGCCGACCGCGACCUAAUCGAGGCCAUUGUCGCCUCCAUGUUUAUGUAUGGCCAGUGCAAGAGAGAGAGGGAUGACUACUUGGAUAUCAGCCAGAGGCUUCCCUUUUUGCAAGAGCCAGACAUCGGACUGGGCAUCGCGAUUCGAACAUUCUUCGACGAGGACGAGGCGAGCGACAGCAAAGAAGCGCGUGCUGCCCGAUUGGCUGAGUUUCCGAGAACUUUUGUGCCUUUUGCGGAGGCACUGGCGGACGACUUCCGCCUGUGCGCAGACUUCGUCGGAGCGCUCAAUCAAGGAGUACAGACUGUCGAUAGCAUAGAGCUGCCGGCCGCUGACAAGGUGGCCUGGGCCAAGGCUCAGCGGUACCUGGACGCAAGACCUUUUUAAACUCAGGGGCGACGGCGCUGGUGUUUGGCGAACGGAAGGUGACUGACCCCUCCAAAAGUACAGCAUGGGUGGGUACGCCACGCCUAUUUUUCAAGUAAGCCAUCGGGUCUUCACAGACAGGUGGGAAAGACGGCAUUGAUACUUCGACAUUGUCUGGUGCUGCCACAGCAGCGACUACUGGAGAGAUAUAGCAGUGGAUAGCUCGCAUUGGUGGCAAAGGGGAACUUGGGGAUGCGAGUAUGAGUAGCCGGCAAGGCAUGGACACAGGCGCUGUGGUCAUGUCAAAGCCGGAAGACACGGAGGCAAGGGUGACAAGGCGAGGGGUCACUGAGCCCACUCACUGUAUGGGAUAUCAUAGGCCGAGGCUGACAGUGGGAGGGUGAUAUGCAUGAACUGGACCCGAAUCCUUACAUUGGAGCCAUCGCGGGCGCCAAAGCGAGGAGCCGGCGUGGGAGGCUGUCACAGCAUGCCCCGCGUCGUACAAAGUCGUGUAGUGAGUAGCAAGAUUAGGCCCUCCCGAAUACAUAUUACAAAGCCAAAUUGCAGC